AUGGCGGGCACGGCGUCGUCGCUAGCGGCGGGCUACGGCUCCGACGGCGUGUACCGCUCGCCGCGCGCGGCGGCGCCCAUCGCCUCCGAGCCGGGCCUCUCCCUCGCGGACCUCGUCCUGCGCCGCGCCGCUGCGUGCCCCUCCGCGCCCGCGCUCGUGGACGCCGCGACGGGCUGCGCGCUCACCUUCGGGUCCCUCCGGUCCGCGGUGCUCGUCGCGGCCGCCGCGCUCUCCUCCCGCGCGGGCGUCCGCCGCGGCGACGCCGUGCUGCUCCUCGCGCCCAAUAGCGUGCUCUACCCGGUCUGCUUCCUCGCCGUCACCGCACUCGGCGCCGUCGCGACCACGGCUAACCCGCUCUACACCCCGCCGGAGAUCGCCAAGCAGGCCGCCGACGCCCGCGCCAGGCUCGUCGUCACCGUCUCCGACUUCUUGCCCAAGAUCGCCGGCCUCCGCCUCCCCACCAUCCUCCUCGACGGCGGCGACGGCGACGGCGCCUCCGUGCCUUCGGACUGCCGCCCCAGCGGUAACGUCACUCUCUACUCGGACCUCGUCUCCGGGGUGCAGGAGGCGGAGUACCGGCGCCCGCCGGCAGUCGGGCAGGGCGACACGGCGGCGCUGUUCUACUCGUCGGGCACGACCGGGGAGAGCAAGGGCGUGGUGCUCACGCACCGCAACUUCAUCACGGCGGCGACGAUGGUGACGUCGGACCAGGACGAGCUCGGGGAAGGCCGCAACGUGUUCCUCUGCUUCCUGCCCAUGUGCCACAUCUUCGGCAUGGCCGUGGUCACCCUCGGCCAGCUGCAGCGCGGCAACGCCGUCGUCGUCAUGGCCGGGUUCGACGUCGACGCCGUGCUGGCCGCCGUCGAGCGGCACCGCGUCACGUACCUCUUCGGCGCGCCGCCCGCGAUGGUCGCGCUCGCCAAGCAUGGCGGGGGCGGCAGGUACGACCUCAGCUCGCUCAGGUGCAUCGGCUCCGGCGCCGCGCCGCUCGGCAAGGACGUCAUGCUGGCUAUGGCUGACAGAUUCCCCGGUGCUGACAUUAUCCAGGUGGGUUAG